GGGUCUCCUUCCUUCUCCUGCUACCCACCCCACCUCGCCGCACCCCGCCGGCGCCCGGGAGAGGACGGUGCUGAUGGGGUGCGGGUGUGCGUGUGCGAGGCUGAGUCAUCACUAGAGAGUGGGAAGUGCAGCAGCAGCAGCAGCCACAGCAAAGAAUCCAAAUCCUAAAACUGAUCCUGCAAAGCAUCAUUUCUCCAAGUUGGGGGCUCAGAGGGGAGCCAUCAUGAGCGAUGUUACCAUUGUGAAAGAAGGUUGGGUUCAGAAGAGGGUUGCAGUGGUGAUAUUAUUGUCCAGUCCAGGAGCAGUCAAACCUCUGCAAGAUGAGAACAGGAGUGCCUCUUUACCUAUAGCCAGCAAAGCGGCAAUGGAAUGCUGAACCUUUGAAAGACUGGGUGCUGAAGUCACCCCCAGACAACAAAUAGUAUCAAGAGAAUAUAUAAAAAAUUGGAGGCCAAGAUAUUUCCUUUUGAAGACAGAUGGUUCAUUCAUAGGCUAUAAAGAGAAACCUCAAGAUGUGGACUUACCUUAUCCCCUCAACAACUUUUCUGUAGCAAAAUGCCAGUUAAUGAAAACAGAACGACCAAAGCCAAAUACAUUUAUUAUCAGAUGUCUUCAGUGGACCACUGUUAUAGAGAGAACAUUUCAUGUAGAUACUCCAGAAGAAAGAGAAGAAUGGACAGAAGCUAUCCAAGCUGUAGCAGACCGACUGCAGAGACAAGAAGAGGAGAGAAUGAAUUGUAGUCCAACUUCACAGAUUGAUAAUAUAGGAGAAGAAGAGAUGGAUGCAUCUACAACCCAUCAUAAAAGAAAGACGAUGAAUGAUUUUGACUAUUUGAAGCUACUAGGUAAAGGCACUUUUGGGAAGGUUAUUUUAGUUCGAGAGAAGGCAAGUGGAAAAUACUAUGCUAUGAAGAUUCUGAAGAAAGAAGUCAUUAUUGCAAAGGAUGAAGUGGCACACACUCUUACUGAAAGCAGAGUACUAAAGAACACCAGACAUCCAUUCUUAACAUCCUUGAAAUAUUCCUUCCAGACAAAAGACCGUCUGUGUUUUGUGAUGGAAUAUGUUAAUGGGGGAGAGCUGUUUUUCCAUUUGUCGAGAGAGCGGGUGUUCUCUGAGGACCGCACACGUUUCUAUGGUGCAGAAAUUGUCUCUGCUUUGGACUAUCUACAUUCUGGAAAGAUUGUGUACCGUGAUCUCAAGUUGGAGAAUUUGAUGCUGGAUAAAGAUGGCCAUAUAAAAAUUACAGAUUUUGGACUUUGCAAAGAAGGAAUCACAGAUGCAGCCACCAUGAAGACAUUCUGUGGCACCCCAGAAUAUCUGGCACCAGAGGUAUUAGAAGAUAAUGACUAUGGCCGAGCAGUAGACUGGUGGGGCCUGGGUGUUGUCAUGUAUGAAAUGAUGUGUGGGAGGUUGCCUUUCUACAACCAGGAUCAUGAGAAACUCUUUGAACUAAUACUAAUGGAAGACAUUAAAUUUCCCCGAACACUCUCUUCAGAUGCAAAAUCAUUGCUUUCAGGGCUCUUGAUAAAGGAUCCAAAUAAACGCCUUGGUGGAGGGCCAGAUGAUGCAAAAGAAAUUAUGAGGCAUAGUUUCUUUUCUGGAGUAAACUGGCAAGAUGUGUACGACAAAAAGCUUGUACCUCCUUUUAAGCCUCAAGUAACAUCUGAGACAGAUACAAGAUAUUUUGAUGAAGAAUUUACAGCUCAAACUAUUACAAUAACACCACCUGAAAAAUAUGAUGAAGAUGGCAUGGACUGCAUGGACAACGAGCGGCGGCCACAUUUCCCUCAGUUUUCCUACUCUGCAAGUGGACGAGAAUAAGUCUCUUUCAUUCUGUUCUACACUGUCAUCUUAGAUUUUUGUCACUGAGAAUGAUUACUGGACAUCUCCACCAGUCCUCGCUCUUACAGAUAGCAGGGGCACUUCUGACAUCCCUGAGCAGCCAAGGGUCUUCACCUUCACCACCUUUCCCCCACAUGAAAACAUAUACACAGACACUCCAGUUUUUGUUUUUGCAUGAAAUUGUAUCUCAGUCUAAGGUCUCAUGCUGUUGCUGCUACUGUCUUACUAUUACAGCAGUUUUCAGAAGUAAUUUUACAAUCUCUGGGGUCACAAGCCCAUCGUUCAUUUGUGAUCAAUUGUCAUCUUCUUUCAGUUUUUGUUGUUCCCUAGCAGUGAAGGCUGAAUGAGAUACACUGAUUCUAGGUACAUUUUUAACUUUCUAGAAGAUACAUCAAGAACUAAUUAGACUAAGAAGAUGUAGUUUAUAUUUCUGAACAAGCAAUUGUUGAAGGGUGGUGGUGUGCAUAUGUAAGAGUAUAGCAACGCAUGUCUGACCAGUGCAUAAAGCGCGUAUUGCUGAUAUUUGGCUGGAAAUCCUUAGGAAGCAUUGAGAGGACUGAAGGGCUGAUGAGAUACACAUGGUUUUUAAUUCCUGCUGGAUAUUGUGGAGGAAGCCCAGGGUCGCCCAUGGACACCCAGACUUCAUGGGCAAAUGGACGUUGUUCCACCAAGUACUGAAGGUGCAGAGUCACCUAGACGGUCUUAGGAUCUACAUUGUACCAGAGAGUAUUUUGCCCCUGGGCUUGACAACCUUUUUCCCUUCUUGAUAUUUAUCACCUCUGAUGGCUGAAGAAUGUAGACAGUAUAAUGAUCUUGCUGUCGCCUAAAUCUAUACACCAAGGUGAACAGGUGUUUGCCUUAUCAGUUUUGAAGUUUUACUUUCAGUUAUAGGUGAAUUAGCUUUUUCUCAGAUGUUAAAAUUCUGAAUGUCCUUUAAUGAUUUUGUUUAUAUUAUAGUAGUAUUUAUUUUUUAGUGAUAAGAAGUGUAUUGUCAUGUUAGCAGACGCAGCUCCAACUCACAGGACAUUGACUGCAGUUUCUUUUGAACCAUGUGCAAGGAAUGUACACACCCAUUAGAAUCAUGCACUUUUUCUCCUUUGUACAAAAAAUGGGUAAGGCUCUGGAAUUAAUAUCUGUUGGUUAGAAUCUGGCUUUGGGAGAAGAGAUGCUGUAAUUAACCCCUUGGUGCCGAAAUGAAAAAAGACCACUACCCAGCGCCAAGGGGUUGGUGGAGCAAAUGGAUGUUGAUGGUUGUUCAUUCGAGUGGAUGCGUGAGUAUGGCCUGGCAUAAAGUCAUGGAGAAAGCUGAGACCCAAAUGAUGAUAAGAGAUAAACUUGACUUGGCAAAAUGAACACAUCACAAAUAUUUAUACAGUAGGAAGCAAAGGAUAAGAAGCUGGUGUGUUUAUUCUUAUCAAGGUACAUUCAUUACUGAAUCAAGCCAUCAGGGAAAACAACAAAACAAAACACCUCUAGCUUUUCUUUUUCUGUACAUACUCAUGUCUCCCAGUCCCAGACAUUUCUCACUGAGAGGGGACAUGUAUGCAAACCUCAUCUUUCUCCUUCAUUAAUGAUGAUCUUCAGAUUAAACCCUUUGGUGCUAGGAGCUGACAUUUUCCAAAGCAGACUAUGAAGUCCAAGGAUCAAAGCCUUUCUUGCAGCAAGCAGGAGGGCAUCUACUCCAAGGAGUGAUCAUGGAGAUGUAUUCUAGUUCCUAACUGACAGCUCCCAAAUGGAAGACUACAGCGUGACACAGUAUUGUUACUGCAUUGUCUUUUUGAGUAGAAAGUCAUGUUCUCAUGCAGAGGUCUUAGCAUCUAGGCUCAGACUUAGGGAAGCAGAGCCGCUGCUGGCAGUGGCUGGCCACUGGGACUGCUGGGGUUUAAAGGGCAUUUACUAAGGCAGCUAAGAUGGAUUCAGACAUAGAUUUUGGUCCUAAUUUUUUCAUGUUUCUACCUGAGUGAGUUUAUCCUUAGUAUGGAGUAGGAAGUUAAAGUAAACAGAUGUUCAUUCUGGCAUCUGGAGUCUUCUUUUUUCCUACUUGUUAUUGUGUUGACUGUCUCACACUGACAGGGAGUAGAUGAGAUGUUGACUGUCUCACACUGACAGGGAGUAGAUGAGAUGUUGACUGUCUCACACUGACAGGAAGUAGAUGAGAUGUUGACUGUCUCACACUGACGGGAAGUAGAUGAGAUGUUGACUGUCUCACACUGACGGGAAGUAGAUGCGAUGGUAUGUCCUUCAAGUUUUCUUGCAUCCAUUCUGUAAGAAAGAAACGUGAGAGGAAGAAAAGCAAGCUGAGCCUGGCUGACGUUCAGAGCGUUUAUCCCUCGGAGGGAGCAGACACUGUACACUAAGCACACAGCUUCUUUUGUUCUGUCUCUCCUCCCCAGGUCUUAAGGUGACUUCAUGACCGUGGCCAAGGCUGCUUUCUAAAGAUUAAUGAGGGGGCACUGGCACUGACAAUGCCUCAGGCUGGCCACUCCUCACACCUGGCCUUUGGUCCCCAUUCAUUUGAGGGCUUUCUCUUCCCAUCCCAGGCUCCCUGAGUCACAACAGGCAUGUUCUUGGCUUUGAUUUUGAGAAUUUUUCCCUUGCAACCCCAGAUGUCAGUUAAAUGGCAGAAGUAGAACAGAAGAGAGAGAUUUGGGGAAGAGAUUCCUAUAUCUAAGCUUAGGGUUUAGACAACUGGAAUGGUUUGAAACCUGGAAUCAUUGUGACUGGAUGCAGUUCUGGCCUUGUGAUUCCAGCUUGACCGCUUGUCAUCAUGUAGGGCUGUCUGGAGGACACUGACACUUCUGCUCGGAUUGCUUGCAGGGUUGCUCACAGCUUUGCUCUCUACACUAACGACAUAGCAUUAUUCCAGUAUCGUUUCCAUUCCCGUACCCGACCUCGAGCUUCUCCAAGCUGACUGUUGUCACAGGGACCACACGCUUCUCCUCUCCUCACUGCAGGGUCUCUACCACACCUCAGUGUACACACUUUGCUGCUACUGUCUGUUGUCUACACCACAGUUCCCUAAGCUUGCUCCUGGGAGUGCAUUACAGGAAGCAUGAAAUGUAAAGUAUUUAUUUAAAUAAAAAGAAAACCUCUGAAUUGGUCAUCGAGUCACCUCCCUGGAGAUUUGUAGUUUGUAACAUAUUUUGACUUUCUAGUUUUUCUGCUAGAUCUAUGCAAGAUCUGGUCAUCUGAUUAAGGGUUUGGAACAGACACAGAUAUGAACAUAGAUGCUGUAUCAUUAUCAUUGCUGGUCACACUGCAGGCAUUCGUUUCCUUACAUAUAUGACCCUUAGGAUAUGAAAUAACUACAAAAAAUGGCUUUGUACACUCUCCACCCUUAGAAUCUCACAGGCAGUUGGUAGGAACACACAUUACUUCUUCAUGCAGACAGCUUAAAUAAAGCCUGUGUCAAUCUGCUGCUUCUCUGUUGUUGGAUGUGGCUCUGUAAUUUCAGAAAACUAAAUUUUGUUCUUUUCUGGAAAAACAUUAUUAUAGCCCCAGCUGGUGUUAACUAGCCCUGUAUGAAGGAGUGACAGAUAGGUAGAUUCAUCUUAGAAACACAUGGGGUUGUUUUUAUGUAAGUAGAAAUGCCAAGAGCAUGCUCAUGGGAAGUAAUGGUGGGCUAGGAGUGGAGUCACUGGCCACAAGGGCUCCAGAGACCCAAAAGGUCCUAGUAAGAAACGGUGUGGACCCAGAAUCCUCAAGGAAGGUGGAUUAUCACUAAUGUCUUCCUGAUAACAUACUGCCCCACACACUUCCUUCACAGUGUAUCUUUAACCCUUACGGCAGUUUAUGCCUUAGACAUAAGCAGUUGAUGGCUAGAAUGUCUGGAUUAUGCUGAAACAUUCUGGAUGGGGCAUAUUUCUCAUUUUACCUCAUAAGCUACAACUGUAGAACUUGGCUUUGCUCUUGUGAUUUCAGCAGAGAGAGGCAUGACUUUUGUGACCAGUUUGUCAGACAUACAUGUGUAUUUCUCACAGCCAAAUUUGGGGACAUUCUACAUGUGCUGUCCUCAAAAUCAACUGGGGUUGACACAUUCAGGAGGCUGAAAUAAAGUGACCUCUAUUACUCUUUAAAGGUGCUAUUUUUAGAAUAUUGUAUAAUUUAUUCAUGGUAUGCAUAAAACAGAAGGACAGUUAAAAUACGUGACAGCUUUAUGUCUAGCACAGCUGAUGAACUCAGAAACUUGUGACUCAGAAUGGAAGCUCUGUUUGCGGCUUGCACCUUUGAUGCCCCAGAGAUGAGGACGGCCUGUGCAUUGUCAUGGCCUACGCUGCACGAUGGUGAGGGGCUGAGCAUGUACAAACCACACCUCUGCUGAGAGCCCUGGGCUGCUGGCUAGGAAAGGAGAUAAUGUAGGCUUGUCCCACACGCAGCCCUGCCCUAGUGUUUCAUCCCACUCAAAAACCACGAUCAUCUCAGCAGCCACAAAUUUUUUAUUUUUUAUUUUUUGGUGGUGCUGGGGAAGGAACCCAGGGCCUCACACAAAUUGGGCAAGUGUUCUGCCACUGAGCUACACCCCAGACCUCCCAGUGUCCGUUUGUAUUCUUUUAAAGCAUUUGAGGGCUUGACUGUAUAGUAGAAAUACUAUUUUAGACUAAAAAUAUGAUCUGUGUACAGAUAUUUGAUAUACUGUUAAGUAAAUUUUCUAAUUUCACAUACAUUUGUUUUUAGGCUCCUCUCAAAUAACUGCUAUUGAAGACUAAAAUCUGACACCAUCGAGCCAAAGAUGCCUUUUUGGGGGGAAAGGGGAGGGGGCUGUUUUAUGUUGUUCAGCGUGUUUCCUGAGUGCACAGUUGGAUGGGAAAUACCGGAUGCUGGCUACAGGUGUGCAUAAUCUUCAUAUCACACAGGGAGUAACAGUGGGUGGCAGCAGGAGAGGUGGUCUUCAGUACACUUCGGCUGACUCACAACCUGUGCCUUUGGUGUGUUUUGUCUGUCACUGCUACAAGAUAAAAAGGAGACAGAACAACUCAAGUCUUUAAUAAGAGAGGUCAUUUUAUUAAUCCCGUGCAUACUCUAGAGUAGACAGUGACCUGAAGUUGUUUUGAGCACACACUCCAACUAGCCCGAGCCAGUUCAUGCUGAAGCACUCCCCGUCUGUAGCACAGGGACAGAACCAUGGCAUGAGGACCAGCCCCCCUGCAGUCCCAGGUGGUGUCUCCCUGGGGAGGUUUUGGUGCACUGUGGCACAUUAAGUACAAAUCAGAUGAAUGUACAUAUCUCUUUGUAAAUCAUUUAUUUCACUCUGUUUCAUCCAGGUCAGCAAUCAGAUUGUGGCAUGCUGGGUAACUGGAAAAAAAAUGAUAAUAAAAAGUAAGUUUAAAUAGA